AUGUCCGCCUUGGGCCACCAUACGUAAACAAUCCCUCCCACGCAGCAUUUCUAAGUAGGAGGAAUUAUGUACAGCUCGAAACUCGACGACCGACACAAAGAAUCCAUGUUACCAUGGCAGGAAUAUCGAAGAGAGUCAACCAGUGGCAGAAAUUUUUUGACGACCACGAACAAAAACAGAAAAUAAACCCCUUCUCCGAGUGGGAGGGGGCCUCACAUCGACAGAAACUGGACAAAAAUGAUCCUAACUACGGACGCCCCGUGGAAGGAUCCAUGACGGAAUAUAGGGGUCAAAAGGCCGGAGAACUCAUCAGCGGAGAAAUCGUGGAACUGUGUCACGUGAUCGCUGAUCUUGGACAAAAGAACGCGGAUGGAUCAUUCAGUAUUUCCUUUGGAAAUCUAUUUGAAGCAUACACAACAAUAUCAAACAAACUGGUGGGGAUGUUGAUGCGAGCACGAAAACAAAAUUUAUUAACUUUUCCUGGAGAAAUGUUGUUUCAGAGAAGAGAUGACGACGUUAUAAUUACUUUAUUUAAAAUUCCGUAUACCGAUUGAUUAAUAUUAAAAUAAUUUAUUUAAGAUUUUAAUACAUAAAUGAAUUCAUAUGAAUGGUUGCAGUAUAUUCAAUUUAUUUUUCAUAUUAAAAAUAUAUCUCACCCCUAAAAGGAUGCAUGUAUGUAUAGUGCCCUUGCAGAAACAUGACGACAUUUUUAAUACAUGUAUCAUAUUUUAUCUAUCUCUGACACACUUUUUCAGGCAUGCCACCACUUCCUGUUAGCGUGGUGUCCAGUGUGGUGAUUAACUUGUGCCGAAAUGAUUCAUUGCUUGUUAUGGUCUAUUGGUCGUGUACCAAAAAAAUUAAUUAUAUCUUCAAUUCUGAAUUAAAAAAUUAAUUAUAUCUUCAA